CGAAAAUAGAAUUUGUACUUUUUCUUUUAAUAUUUUCAGAUAUAUGUUCAGCGUCAUAUUUGAAAAUUGAAUGAAUGGCUUGUUUGAAAAUUGCAGGUUCGCUGUUCAGCAGAGUAUCACAACCAAAAUCCCUCACCUUCUCUCCAAAUUUCUCGUCUUCUUCUCAUUUCCAGCGAUCAAGAGCAAGAAUUUUGGCCGCCUCAAUGUCGAAUGGAGCGGGCAAUGGAGUGGUUCGCUUCAAAAUCUCUCCCUCAACCGAUUUCGUUAUUCAGAAGGGGGAUAUCACGCACUGGUUCAUCGACGGUUCCUCUGAUGCCAUUGUUAAUCCAGCAAAUGAAGUAAUGCUUGGAGGUGGUGGUGCUGAUGGAGCCAUACACAAUGCUGCUGGUCCAGAUCUCGUACAAGCAUGCUAUGCUGUCCCAGAAGUCCAGCCUGGAAUCCGUUGUCCAACUGGAGAAGCAAGGAUUACUCCAGGUUUUGGGUUGCCCGCAUCUCAUGUUAUACAUACUGUUGGACCCAUCUAUUACAAGAGUAGUAACCCCCAGGCUUUACUGAGAAGUGCAUAUAGAAAUUCCUUGGCUGUGGCAAAGGAGAAUAACAUUCAAUAUAUUGCCUUUCCUGCCAUAUCCUGUGGUGUGUUUAGAUAUCCUUAUGAUGAAGCUGCCACAAUAGCCAUAUCUACCAUUAAAGAGUUCUCCAGGGCCUUGAAAGAGGUGCACUUUGUUCUUUUUUCAUCUGAUAUUUAUGAUGUUUGGUUGAACAAGGCAAAUGAAUUGCUCAAGAACUAGCACAGGUUGCAACGGUAUCAUUCACCUUUACUAACUAAAAGUUCUAGUGUUGUAUGGAUCUGAACAUAGUUAUGCUUUCUUAUUAAGUACAAAUUCUCCGAAGGGGUUAUUUAAAAUAAACUUGGGAUCCUUUCUCCAAAGAGUUUUCUUUCGAGUUUGGCAAAUGAGCCCAUUCGUAGAAAAACUAUUGUUAUGGCUAUGUGGAACUUGACAUAUCAAUGUUAUGGCUAUGUGGAACUUGACAUAUCAAUGUUA